AUGCGGCCUCUGCCUCUAGCAUUUCCUACAGCCUCUUGGUCUUCGUACUACCCUAGCGACUUAGAGAACAGCUAUGAUGACGUGUCCUCCAAGUCCUAUCAGUUCGGUAGCUACUCUCAUUCUUAUGAGUCACCAUCCCAAGGCUCUUCGGAGAGCUCUCAAACGGCUACAUUCCCCAGGCUCGCUACCGCCCUAUCGCUCCCAGCCAGCGUGGCGCCCGAUACGUGUUGGCCAGAGGGCAGUCGAACACAGCUCAAGGUACGCCGCAGCUUCUGGAAGAGCCCAAAACCUUGGAAGUGUGCUGGAGGUAGAGAAAGACGCAACACCACACGAGCCAAUGCGCUCCUGUACCUAGCAUUGACGGAACCGGCACUCUCUACAUCGGCGCUAUUGGUGACCCAGCAAAGAAAUCCUCGAAGUAUUGCACCACCCCCUGUCAAAUCAAAGGAAGCCUCGAAUUCAAACGCUUUCUCGUUGUUUUCACUUCUCUGUUUUGCAUGCAUCAUGGUCUUCCUAUCGCUGGCUCUUGGGAUCGCCGUCGGAUGUGCACUUGUGAGAUCGCGACCGUCUAUGGGAGCGGUAACUCUAGCUGUUUUACCCCUGAGCAGUCUAGAGGCCAGUGUAGUACAGGAGUCUCAAGAUAUAUUUGGUGCUAACGGCAUGUCUGCAUCUGCGUCAGGAGAUGCCGCAGUACACACCACUGACAGUGAAGCAGCUUCCAAGCAAGGGCAGCCCGAACAGCUGACUGAAAUGCGCCCCAGUACUUCUGAUAGCGACCCUCAGAAGAACGUAAGCAACGGACUGGCCACAUUCGUCUUGGAGGUGCUUCAUACCCAGCCAAAAGCUCAUGAGCCCUUCGCUGUGCUUAGAGGUGCUUUCGGUGGGACGGAGUCAGGUGUCUCCAUCCUGGAAUAUAUUCCAGCCCCACUAGCGGGGAUAAGACCAGAAGACGCGUGUUUCACUCCAUAUUCGACUGGGUUCGACAAAGUGCUUCCCACCUCUCAGACCGCGGAUCCUGAGGCUUCCCUUGUCGCUGGAGAAGAGUUUGAGGGUACAGGAAAACGCCAUGAACUAGAAGGGGAUUUAGCCUCGCCCUUUACGGUAAAGCCUCUAGAUGCCGUCGCCACGACGGCUACGGCGCCAGGCGGAAUGGCCAGCUUGGAACACCUCGGACCUCCAUUUGAAGCACUGCCAGAUCUGCAAGACCUCGUUGGCGGAUCUAUGGUGGCGUCAUUCCGCCGCAGUCCAGACCACACCUUGCAAGAGCUUCUACAUGUGUCGGCAGGAGAAUCUGCCAAGAUGCUGAUGAUCCGGGGCUCCUUUCUACCUCUGCAUGGAAACUCAAUCGUGGCUCACACACUUGCCCAGCUUUCCAGCGGAUCGAAUCCGAACGAACCAGGGAAUGCCGAGGCACAAACUCCUGGUGCUCGCCCUCUGCCUCCCCGUACACUUUCUAUGGCAGCAGACGGCAGCCGUGGGCAUCCAGUGCGAGGCCGUGGGGGAUUUGAGGGAGAAGCGAAUGAGGUACAAAUGACAAUUCCAGAUGGAGACGAUAUCGAUGGCCGACGUAACGACCAAAGGGCAACUACGUUGGGACUCAGUUCCACAGCAAGUUCUGAAAAGCCAUUAGGCUCUCCUUGCAUGCUAGGCAGCAAUCUGAAUUGCUCAUCGCAGCAAGCAUAUAAGGGGCCAGACGACGCAUCAUCAACAGGGACCAAAGGCCCGCAUUUAUUGGCCGUUGCAUUUCAUCCUGUAGUCGAUGCACAAGGUAAAGGGUUCCAUUCGAAGGAACUUUGGGUAAGCGUUCAUCACAGAGUCAGAUCUCGCCAGAUGUACGAAGAUCUAAUUCAGGACUGCCGACUGGGACGAGUGUACGUGCAACUAAGCGUUGCUCUAGCGUAUUACUCCCUAUUUUAUUGGAAAGAUGUGGAGAGCCACCGGUUUCUCCCACUUGCCAUAAACUGUGUUCUUAAGCCGAAGAUUUAA